AUGGCCCCUACCCCUAUUGGCCAAAAACCUGUUACUGCAGACCAGCUUCGAUCCGUGCGUGAAGGCGACGGUAUCACAGCCGCGCCCGUCGCCGUUUCAGUCGGCGCUGCCCGAACCACGCGACGCGACCACCAGCAUAUGCUAGCUACCAAGUGGAUGAAGGCGAGCGACCUCAAUGAUAUGGUCACCAGAGAAGGUCUCAUUUACAAAAAGGGCAAAUUCUCCGCUAUCGAAGAUGCACAGCUAAGAGUUGCGAAGGAGAACUAUCGACUUCGACAUAGUUUGACAAAUGAAGAAGUUGACGAGCUCAUUUUCAGUAAAGACAAGAAACGAGACGUCGGUUUUUGGCAAGAGCUGACCAUGGCUGUUCCGCAGCGGCCCCUGAAUGCCGUGUAUCAUCACGUACGCCGAAUCACGCAUCCACUGAAGAAAAUGGGCAAAUGGAUGCCAGAGGAGGACGUGAGGUUGACACAAGCCGUCAUGCAGCAUGGUCCUCAAUGGGAGAUCGUCAGUAUGCAGGUGGGCCGUAUGGCUUCGGAUUGUCGUGAUCGGUGGCGCAAUCACCUCAUGGAGAAAGACAAGAGAAAAAUGGGCAAGUCUCCUUGCAGCUCAUGUCAAUGGUCGAAGGACGAGGAAGAGGAGCUCAAGCGUAUCGUCACCGAAUUGGCCCAGCUGCAAGGGAAAAGCGUUGAAGAAUCCGACACCGACGUCUUCUGGACCAAAGUCAGCGAGCGGAUGGACUACAAACGCAGCAGACAACAGUGUCGCGGUAAAUGGACUGAUGUACUUAGCAAGACCGUCAAAACCACGGACCCGACCAGAAGGUGGUCUCAGCAGGAUGCGUACAUCCUUAUCCGCAAAGUCGACUCUUUGAAUAUACGACACGAUACGGAAAUUGACUGGAAAACGCUCAUCGAUCCUUCGUGGAAUCUCUUUAGCGCGCAUUCUUUGCAAAGGCGAUGGGGAACGAUGAAAAAGAGUAUUAAGGGCUGGGAGCAGAUGACCCACGCCGAAAUCAUGGACAUUUUGCGUCAGAAGAAAGGUCAGCCUCCGCCGCCAUCUCGUCGGCAAGAGAGAAGGAAGAUCACCAGUGCGGCUAUCAUAAACGACGACGAGGAUGUAGUGGACGACAUGAGCCCGACUCCCGACCGCGCCGUUGGUUCCAGCACCGGUCCAGGGACUCUAGCUGGCCAACAUGCGCAAUAUGAACAGGAUGUAGUAACGACGACUACGGCAGAAGUCCCGUCCGCUAGACCAGCUACCGUGGCGAAGAAAUCGCCUAAACCGAAACUGAAACCGAAAAAGAAGCUUGCAUCGGCCACACCAUCCCUGGUGAUUAAGGAUUACAGGACUUCUGCGGUUGCCGCCCCGCCAGAAGUGUUGGACUCCAGCUCUGACGAGAGCGAUUCGGAUGACUGA